GGAAUGAUGAAAUCUGAACCGCGUCGCGCGUCGUACUCGCACCAGUAUCAAUUAACCGCGCGCCGAGAGAGCGCGAACACAAAUUCCGUGCCGCGUGUUAAUUUCAAAUUUGGAAUACGUUUUUUUUUAAUUUGACACAUAUCCAAUUUGCAAAAUGGCCUGCCCUAUGAGGUCAGUUAUGGACGAUUCAGGUGCUCAAGACGGAAGCCAUCUUGGCAACGAGGCGGGCAUGCUGUACGGAGAAUACCUGAUGCUGGAUAAGCUGCUAACAUCACAACGGAUGCUAAGCGCGGAAUCCUCGAAGCCAGUACACGAUGAGCAUCUGUUUAUUGUUACUCACCAAGCUUACGAACUAUGGUUUAAGCAGAUCAUUUUCGAAGUGGAUUCGGUUCGUGCUUUAUUAGACGUGGAGGGAUUGGACGAAGGGCACACCAUGGAAAUACUGAAAAGGCUCAACAGGGUUGUACUUAUAUUAAAGUUGCUAGUCGACCAAGUGAUGAUAUUAGAGACAAUGACGCCAUUGGAUUUUAUGGACUUCAGACACUACCUACGCCCUGCUUCUGGUUUCCAGAGUUUACAGUUCCGACUCUUGGAGAACAAGCUGGGUCUAAAGCAAGCUCUCCGUGUUAAAUACAACCAGAAUUAUCAAACGGUGUUCGGUGACGACCCUGAAGCUAUGGAAUCUCUACGCAAAUCAGAGGAAGAACCAGCUCUACUUGCGUUGAUAGAGCGCUGGCUAGAGCGUACUCCGGGACUCAAUACACACGGCUUUAACUUCUGGGGAAAGUUCCAGAAUGCUGUUGACACCAUGAUCAAAGAUGACAUCAACGAGGCCAUGCUUGAACCAAACGAGAUGGUUCGCAAACAUCGUCUCCAGGACGCGGAGAAUCGUAGAGAGAUAUACCGCUCUAUCUUUGACCCAUCAGUACAUGAUGCUCUGCGCUCUCGGGGGGAAAGAAGGCUGUCACACAGAGCGCUGCAAGGUGCCAUCAUGAUCACAUUCUACCGCGACGAGCCGCGCUUCUCUCAGCCGCAUCAGCUGCUCACGCUGCUCAUGGACAUUGACAGCCUCAUCACCAAGUGGCGUUAUAACCACGUGAUAAUGGUGCAGCGGAUGAUUGGGUCUCAGCAACUUGGUACUGGUGGUUCAUCUGGAUAUCAGUACCUCAGGUCUACGCUUAGUGAUCGUUACAAAGUAUUCCUGGAUCUAUUCAACUUGUCUACAUUUUUGUUACCUCGUUCUCUGAUCCCACCACUCGAUGACGGGAUGAAGCGUAGUCUGAACCUCACAUGGGGAGACAACAUCAAGGAGAAUGGUCAAAACGGUCAAAAUGGCUUAGAAGCAUCUUUAUAACUUCAAAAUUUAGUUAAAUAAAAUUAGAUUUUAUAAC